AUGUUGAAGUCAUAGCAUCCAAUGAAACCGGAGAGGAGGAUAUGAAUAGUAAUGAUAAACCAAGUGAUAUCUUACCGAUGGCAUUGCUUACUCUCUUGGAUACCCUUGAAUCCAUUGAAACCAAUCCUCUUUUAGAAAGAUACAGGGGAAGCAAAUGUUACUGGAAUUGUAGAGAAUUAAAAUACACUGAUACUAUAGAAAACAUACAUGCUCAACUCAAAAAACACAAUAGUGUGAUCAAG